UUUCGUCCAGCAACUCCCUCGUGCACCUUCUACUCCGCCUGCGGGGUCUCCGAGGACGCGUACAGGGUCUUUGACGAAAUGCCCGCGAGAAACGUCGUCACUUGGAACUCCGUCAUCAAUGGGUUUUCCCUGAACAGCCGGCCGAACGAGGCGCUCACGCUUUUUAGGAGGAUGGUGGCUGAGGAGGAUGCUGAGCCUGAUGGGUUCACUAUGGUUAGCUUGUUUUGCGCGUGCGCGGAGCUGGGGGCUUUGGCGCUGGGUCGAAGGGCGCAUGUUUACUCGUUCAAGAGAGGGCUGUGCGCUGGCAAUGCGCAUGUGGGGAACGCCAUGAUUGAUCUCUACGCCAAGUGUGGGAGUGUUUGGGAUGCUAAGAAGGUGUUUGAUGAAAUGGGUGACACGAAAAAUGUUGUUUCUUGGACUUCUUUGAUUGUCGGGUUGGCGGUCAAUGGAUUUGGUGGUGAGGCGCUUGAAUUGUUUGGUGCGAUGGAGAGGGAGAGGUUGAGGCCGACGGAGAUUACUUUGGUCGGGGUGUUGUAUGCAUGCAGCCACUGCGGGUUGGUAGACAAAGGGUUUUGUUAUUUCGAUAGGAUAAAAGAAGAGUACGGUAUAUUGCCAAAAAUUGAGCACUACGGUUGUAUGGUUGAUUUGUUAGGACGAGCUGGCUGUGUUGAAGAGGCGCAUGAUUACGUUAAGAGGAUGCCUAUGGAGCCGAAUGCUGUUAUAUGGAGGACAUUGCUCGGCGCUUGCUCUAUGCACAAGAAAUUGAGCCUUGGAGAGACUGCGUGGUCGAAGCUCAAGGAACUGGAUCCGGGCCACAGUGGAGAUUAUGUGCUGCUAUCUAACUUGUAUGCUUCGGUCGGACGAUGGAGAGAUGUGCAGAAGUUGAGAAGAAACAUGUUCAAUGGAGGAGUGAAGAAAACCCCCGGGUAUAGCCUCUUGGAAAUUGGCAACCGCGUGCAUGAGUUUGUCAUGGGAGAUCGAUCCCAUCCCCAGAGCGAUGAGAUAUAUGACAAGUUAGAGGAGGUUGCGAAGAGGCUAAGAAAGGAAGGGUAUGUACCCAAGACGAGCAAUGUGUUGGCUGACAUCGAGGAGGAAGAGAAGGAGACCGCAUUGUGCUAUCACAGUGAGAGGCUGGCCAUUGCAUUUGCGUUGAUCAGUACUUCGCCUGCGGUACCUAUAAGGAUAGUCAAGAAUUUGAGGGUGUGCGAGGAUUGUCACAUUGUGACAAAGCUUAUAUCGAAUGUUUAUGAGAGGGAGAUUAUUGUGAGGGAUCGGAGUCGAUUCCAUCAUUUUAAAGAUGGGUUUUGUUCUUGUAAGGACUACUGGUAGCUCGUUUUGGUAAAAUGAGAUGUUAGAGAGGCUGAGAAAGGAAGGGUAUGUACCCAAGACAAAGCAGUGUGUCUGAUAUCGAGGAGUAAGAAAAAGAGAGUGUUGUGUUUUGUUUUCACAGCGAGAGGUUGGCUAUUGCAUUGGCAUUGAUUGGUACUUUGCCUGGAUACCAGUACGGAUCGUGAAGAAUUUGAGGGUGUGCAAAGAUUGUCACGUUGUCAUGAAGCUUAUACUAAAGGUGUAUGAGAGGGAGAUUUCUGUGAGGGAUCGGAGUCGAUUCUAUCUUUUUCAAAACGGGCUUUGUUCUUGUAAAGACUAUUGGUACCUCAUUUUGCUAAAUGAGAUAGCAACUUACAGUUGAUAUUAAGCCACAUGUCCUCGCAUCUGCUGAUGAGAAGUCUUUUGCAAAUUAUGGCCAUCCUAGAAGGGAAAUGGAUGUUAAGCAUUGAAUGAAUCAAAGCAUGUUUGAAGGCUGAAGAUUGCAGUUGAUGUUCAUGGAAUUAGUAGAGGUACUCAACUCUGAAGACCAAGGGUAAUCAACAAAGGUUGCAUUGCAUAUGUUAUCUCUUUUGAUAGGAUCCAUGUGCUUUGGAUCAACUCAAAUGCUAAACUAUGAGAGAGCUCGUCAUCGAUAAGUACUCCAGAAUCUGAUGGUGCAAGAAUUCACUGCCAUGGAGCUUGAUGGUGACAUUGGCUCUUUGUUGGUUGCAGGGAGGAGUAUGUGGACCGUAUUGAUUUUGCUCCUUCUAUAGAAACUCUAUCAGAAGGAGCAAUAUUUAAUGCUAUGUUUGACUGAUUUACCUCUUUUCGUAACUGAACUGCCUUGCGACAGUUUUUAAAUUGAGAUAAUUGUGGAACUAGCAGCAGAGGGAGGUUGACAGGUGAAGAUUCAGGCAAACAGGGCAGCGGUCGACCGGUCCGGUCGACCGCAUUUGUGCACAAGACUCACUGGGCUUCAGCAUUGGUGUCGGUCGACCGGGUCGGUCGACCGACGUACUCUCUGGAAUUUUGGUUGGCUUCUGGAUGGAGGGCGGUCGACCGGUCCGGUCGACCGACGCUGCGGAUUCGGGCUGGGUUCUGUUUUCAGACCCGUUUCGUUUGUGAGUUGUAUUUAAACCCUAAACUCGUUUCUAGGGUUUAGUGGGGGGCGAUUUUGAGCUGUUGAGAGGAGAUUUUGAGGGCUUCUAUUGUUGGAGUCUAUUGGAGAGAUCAAGUGGUCUUAUUUGAGGGUCUUGGGUAAGAUUUGUAACCCUAAUUUGUAUUCCCCUUUGAUUUCAUUAGUAAAGCUUCCCCCUCCUUACCCCGUGGACGUAGGCACAUUGCCGA